AUGCGGAUGCUCAAGACGACCGGCCUCUUCCAGAAGAAGCCGACGGUGAUCCCGAUCAUGGAGGAGGAGAGCGAGCCGUCGCCGCUGCCUAUCUACAUGGACAUGCAGACCGCGCGCCACAUUGGCGGCAACCGCGCGCAGCCACAGCGGUCCGUGGCCACGGACGACGACGACGACGCGUCGAGCCAUCACCCACUCGACAACAUCUUUGACACGCUGCAGCUGCAGACGAUGGUCGGUCGCGACCGGCGGCGGCGCAUGCCGAAAGAGAUGCGUCUUGUCUUUGAAGCCGAACAAGAUAUGCUGCGGAGCCCCGCAGCGCAGCGGCAGUCGGGCGCCGUCGUGCAGCCCGAGAACCUCUGGCAGACGUACGACACAGUCAGCCGGAUACACUUUGAGCGCGACGGCGGCGCGCUGCGGGCUCACGACGGCGAACCGAUCAAGCUCGUGUCCAAAGCGUGCUUUGGCUUGUACGCCAACCUCGUUGCAGUCGGCUUUCUCUACGGCGCGCUACCAUCCUUGUACCUUGCCUCAUCCAGUAAGUCCCAGAAUGACGACUACUCGCAGCUGCCUGUGCUCUCGCUCAUGACGCCAUUGUACCCGAUCUUCAACGCCCCCGUCGCCCUCACACUGUUUCCGGCGUCGCUGCGAUUAUUGGUGGGCCUCGCGUCCGACUGCUACCCGUUCUUGAGCUACCGCCGCAAGUCCUACAUGGUCGCAGGCUGGGCCAUCGCGGCGCUCGGGCUCCUUGUCGCGGGCGUACUGGCCAUGGCGGGUGCCAACCUCGUCGCGCCGCUCCUCGUUGCCACGAUCGGUGUCACGAUCGCCGACGUCGCCGGUGACGCGCGCGUCGUCGAGUUUGCGCAGCGUGAGCGGCUCUCCAAGCGCGGCAACCUCCAAGCGCUGGCGACCGGUAUCAAAUUUUCGCUCACGGCCGCCGGUCAGUUGUACGUGGCCAUCUUUCGCACCUGCCAGGCGGCUCCAUGGACGGCCGAGAGCUCUGGCUACCAAGCUCUGCUGUUUACACUGGCGCUCAUGGCGCUGUCGCCAAUUCCGUUUGUGUGGACGCGUCUCGUCGAGGAGCCAGCACCGCCGUCGUUGCCGUGGGCCGUGCGCGCAACCGACCUCUUUGGCCUUCUCAAGAAGAAGUCGAUCGUGCACAUUUUGUACUUUGAGCUCGCGUUCUCGCUCUUGAGCCAUCUCGGGGCGGGCGCCGGGUCGUUCUGGAAGCGCCACGACGUCGACCUCGCGUUCGAGACGCAGUUUCUCAUGCAAAACCAGUCGGCCAUGUCGGACGACGUCGCGUUCACCAAGUCGCUCGUCUUUACCCAAGGCCUCAUGGUGUCAGGCGGCCUUCUCUGCUUUGCGCUCCCGAUGCUACUCUGCCGGUCCCCGCUCGCCGCAUGGAACUGGCGCGUCGCGUUCUUCGCCUGCACGCUGCUCACGUCCGUGUUGUGCGCUGUCCAGGCAUCGUUCCUAGCGUACGACACGAGCCGCGGGCCCAUCGUGUGGUACCUUCUGCCUCUCCUCGUGCAGUUCCCUAUGGGCAUCCGCUACAUGCUCAGUCUCUUUCCGAUCGUCGAAGUGACCGAGCCGGUCUACGAAGCAACGAUCGGAAGCCUCCUCGUCACGGCGCAGCUCGCACCGAUCCCGCUCGCCACGAUGCUCUUCAGCCUUUUUGAGCAUCCCUACGUGGCACGCUUGGCGCCGAAUCUCAAUUUUACAUCCGACGCGACGCAGUCGGCGUACGGCGAGCUCGCGAGCUUGAACGCGCUCUGGGGCUUUGCCGCGAUUCUGAGUCUUUGCUGGCUGCCCAACCAAAAAGUGAGUGCGCAGGUCAUCCGCAAGUUUGGCGGCACGCGCCGGCGGUGGGGUCAGACAUCGCUGGUCCUCGGCGGCGUGUCCUUCGCAUUCGUGCUUGUCGUUGCGCUCCUGAGUCUGAUACCGGGCCUUGGCUGCGUGCCCGCACUCGGGGACAAGUGCCCGCCGUAG